AUUAUUAAAAGUGAGAUUAAAUGUUAAAUUUUAAUAUAUAAAACAUUCAUAAACAUUUAUUUUUACGCACCGCACACCAAUUAGCACAUGAAAUAGUACAUUAAUAAUAACGCGAUUAGCUUUAUUUGUAAUAUGAGAAGUUAGUUGAGAUGAAGGCGAAGAGUACCUUCACACAGCACACGCACAUAUUUGGAACAUGAAGCUGAUUUGCACAUUGACGCUAUUAUUUUUAUCGUCCGAACUAUUGGCGUUUGAUGGUCGAUUUAAACAUUUGCCAGAUUUAAAAAAAAGAGAAAAAGUAUCUUCUCAAAAGAGUUUACAUAGAAAAGAUGUAAUUGAAAAACCUUCGAAUAGAUCAGUUCAAGCAAAUACAACAACUGAUAUGGAAGUUCUUGCACCACCCUUAAGCCUACUUGUAGAAAAACAUGUUAACGCAAGUACAAUUCCAGAAAAACGUUCUCAUUUUCUUUUGCGAAAUCAUUAUAAUGCAGAGGAUAUUAAAUUAAAAAAUGAGACUGAGCCUGUUGAAUUACCAGCAAAGGAAGAUAUUCAAAAGUCUGUCAUUGAAGCAAAAAGCAUUUCACACACAAACACAUCCACCAUGAUUGGAGAUAAAAAAGGUGUUGACUCAGCUGUAAAAAGAGAUUCAAAUAAAAAAGGCAUGAGUGCAAUUGUAGUGAUUGGUAAUCGAACGCAUAGAGUUUCAGGUCCGGUUGUAAAACAACUUCUAUCUGAAUUGCAGAGACAGAAUACAGAUGAAGAAAAUAAAAAAAUCUCAAAUAGGGGAGGUAAAGAAAUUGGUCAGGCUGGUGAUAGCAAUGGCAGCUUGAAAAGAUUACAUGCAGCUAAUGAAGUUGCAGAAAUCAACAAAUUACUUGGUAAGCCUCUUACAGAUGACCGUGCUUUGGGAUUAAUUAAAAAUUUGCUGUUGGAUAAAGUUCACUCUCACUUGGCAAAAACAAUGGAUCUUAAUGACAUCAAGGAUGUUGCAGAAUUAGCAGAACAACAGUCACCAGCAUCUGUAUCAAGUGAUUCAAGUGCUACUGCUGGACCAGUGAAAGCACCUUCACAAGAAAACGUGUGUCGAGAUUUAGAUCCAAAAGAGAAGUGUUUGUAUUUAAAAGAAAUGGGUUUGUGUUCAGAGGCAAGUUCAAAUCCUCAUAUUAGACGAAGAUGUCAAGAGACAUGCCAGCUUUGUGAACAAUGCCACUGUGCAGAUAGUCAAGGAAUUUGCUCACCUUGCCAAACUUUACCUCUUCCAUUUGAACAAAGAUAUCCCCAACUCAUGCCAAACAACCAGAAUAACCUCCAGUCAUUAAGGUUUCCUAAUCUAGCUGUGGCUCCUCCUCCUCCUUCUGUAGUGGUUGCUGUUCCUCCUCCACCUCCUGCUCAAAUUGCAAUUGUUGCGCCACCGCCAGCAUUACCAUUACAACCAGCGCCAUUUGCUGUUGUACCAACUCACCCACCCUCACUUUGUCCUGUGCCAUGCCCAGUACCUUGCCCUACUUAUUGUUCUCAGCCUCAACCAUCAGUAGUUACUCCAGUAUGCUUACCAGGAUGUGGUACUGCUAAUAUGUCUCCUUGUGAAGAGCCAUGUGUGCCAUUUCGCUCUCAUAUGACUACAUCUUUACCAGUGAUUCGUAGAACAACACCAAGAUAUGCUAUGGGAAUAUGCUGUGGAGAUAACACACCACUACCUUAUCCAAGAGUUAAUAAUCCAUAUUUAACGGCUCCUUUCCCUGCAUCUGCUACUGAUUGUGAAGUAGAACUUAUUAGAAGACCUAUUACCUGUCGCCCAUUGUUGCGAACUACAGGUCCACCAGAAUUAAUAAUAAAUAUCGCUAAUACAAUGCCUAUGUUUCACUUUACGACAUUUGCUCCUUUAUUAGCAAAUACAGCACGAAUGCCACUACUAGCUUCUGCGCCACUUGGUUCAGCGCCUUUCUACCCUGGUGUACAAGCACCCACUAUAAAUAAAUGUGUACAGCCAAUGGACAUUGGUAUAGCAAUGGAUACUUCUGCUGCUACUGUUGCCAACUGGCCUUAUUAUCAACAAUUUUGUCGAAAUUUAGUUGAUAAGUUUCAAAUGGGGAAUAUUGCUCGUAUAGGACUUAUAACAUUUGAUACUAUUGCAAAAGUUCCUGUAAAUUUAGACACUUAUCGUGAGCCUACAGCGCUAAAACUGCAUUGUAAUAGAUUAGUUCCUGAUCCUUAUGGAAGAAGAAGGACUGAUGCUGCAUUGGAUAUAGCACGUGAGCGUUUAUUUGCAACUGCGAGACCAGGAGUUCCAAAGAUGCUAUUUUUGUUGGAACAUGGUAGAAUAAAUGGUGGAGAUCCGUCAAUCAAUUGGAAUCAACAAUUAAUUGAGCCUUCUCAGAGGCUUAAGCAGAUGGGUGUAAAUGUGUUUGCUGUUGGUGCUACACCAAUUGCAGGUGUUGAUGAAUUAAAAACGAUCACAUCGACUAUUGAUGAUCAAUCUCACGUUUUACCAUUACAAGGGUAUUGGCAGUUACCAGGCGUAGUACCUCAAAUUGCUGCCAAAGCUUGUAGAUUAGCAGCAUCGAAUUCACAAGCAUAUACGAGGGAUCUUGGUUUUACAAAUGGUCAACCAAGGGAUCAAAUAAACUCAGACAAAAAAAGUGAAGAAGCUCGACGAAAAGUGUCGCAACUUGGACCUUACGGUUGUUCAGUUAACUAUAUAAAAAUUGGUUGCUAUAACGACGAUCAAAAUAACCCCCGACCGCUCCCUGAACCAUUAUUGAAUGAUCGAAGCGAAAAAUAUCCUGGUUUUUCUGGAAAGACAAUAGACUGGGCUCAUUGGAAUCACUAUAUGCCAGAGUUUGUAUGUAGAUGCGCCGAAAAAGCAAAAGCAAAUGGAUAUAAAAUAUUUGGUGUUCAGUUCUUUGCAUCGUGUUGGUCAGGUCCAUCAGCUCAAGAAACUUAUAUGGGAGAUGGGGAAGGAGAAUCAGAUAUGUGUAUUACAACCGAUUAUAAAAAAUGCGGAGCUACCGAUCAAGUAUGCGUGGGCAAGCAAGAGACAAAUUUUGUUUAUUCCUUAGAAACUGAAGCAAAAAGAGAUUCUAUACCAAAAUCGCAUACAUGAAUGAGGAAGACUUUUUUGUAUUAUCAGUAAACAAAUCCAUGCGUUUGUUAUUAGUAAGCAGUCUACAUUUUGACUCGCAGCACGCAGCAUUCUUCAAAAUUGCCAAAACCUUGAAAACUUCGCGUUUUUCAAUAAAGUUUGUAUAAAGAUGCUUAAGAAAGAAAAUUAGAAAUUUAUAAAA